AGUUUGUCACUUUCACGAAGUUGGAGUAAUACCAUGUACAACUUCUUAUGUCAUUGGCUCGAAUCUACAUUGUGCCUUUAGCUUUCGAGAAAAUUAACAACUAAGGAAGAAUCGUUCACUUCUCUCGUUGACUUUCAAACCCCGGCCUGCUCUGUUAAGUUUAUGCAUAGUUUAUAUAUGUUUGCAUAGUGGCCGAUGUGAAGUCAAUAUCCCCUCCCUCGUAACUCCGAAAGUAAAGUACUGAAGGUUGUAAAACUUGUUGAAGUAAAAGUGAAGUGUUCACUAUUGCGUAAUAAAUUCAGGAAGAAACGUAAUGAUUUACCCGCCUUAGUCUAUUUAGCCUAUUGUACAGUCGUUCGUUUGUUUAGUGUCAAGUCAUGCAAGUGUCAGAACGAGGAACAACCAUGGAGCAACUGAAUGAAAUGCAGCUGAAGACUGUUGAGACCCAACUGAAAGAGCUAUUUCCUCAGUCGCAGCAGGUGGGUAUUAAGGUUUAUGGUUACAUUUUCCAGAUGAACAGAGUUAUGGCUGACCCGAUUCAGGUUUUUGUGGACCACUGGCCAGAAUUCAAUGUCAUUCUCUGCAAACCACCAUAUGAGAAGGAGGGGGACCUUUUUAAAGACACAUGUGUUUUUACUAAAGAUGAAGCUUCUUUUAGGAAUAUCCUUGGAGAGAACAACAUAAUUGACUGGACAAAGUUCCUAUGUUUAGGCACCAGUCUUUGCUAUGAGGAGAUGGUGAUGGCGGUGGCUUCUGAGAGAAAGGUGCCAGUGAAUAAAGUGUCUGUGUGUCACAUGAUGAUGCUCCAGGAUCCAUCCCGCCUUCCACCUGUAGAAAGUGCAAUUGAAUCAAUGAUAUCCUCACUGGACGAAUCCCACUCUGAUAUAGUCAACAAAACCUGGAAGUUCGGGAACACGGAGAACAGUUUCCAGAUGAUCCGGAACAUGAUCCGGCACUACCCGUCUUGCUGUGUGCUGGAUGCAGAGAGCCAGCAGCCCAUAGCCUGGGUUCUGACCUAUCCCUCCUCUGCCAUGGGUAUGUUGUACACCCUGCAGGAGCACAGAGGACAGGGCCUGGCCAAAGCCCUGGUCAGCAGCAUGUCCAGGAGACUCUAUUCUCAGGGCUUCCCAGUGUACUGCUUCGUUGAGGAGGAGAAUACACUGUCCUACAGCCUCUACACCAACCUGGGCUUUACUGAGGACCCUCAAUACAGGGCUGCAUGGUUUGACUUUAACAGUUUGUGAUUAAGGUCUUGCAUAGAGAUCAAUGUUGACAUUAAAAGCUAUGCUAUUAUCUCCAAAAAAGAA